GAGGCAGCGGCCCCCGCCCCCCGAAGUCCGUCCCCGCGCGGGGCUGGGGAGCUCGGGGCGGGGAAGCCGCGGGGCCGCGCCACGUCCCUCGCCCGCCCCAGAGCGGGUUUUGCAGGCGGCUCUAAGCUGGGGGCUUUUGUGUCUGCGACUCGGGAGCGGCGAGAGCGCAGACCUCAUCCUCAGAGGGCGCUGUGAGUGCGCCGCCAGGGCCGGGCCGCCCGCCUCCCGCCUCCCCUGUCAGCGGCUCCUGAGGCGGCGGCGGCGGCGGCGGCGAAGAAGAAGGAGUGGGAGGAGGUGGCGGCGGCGGCGGCGCACUAGUCCUCCGCACACGCCGGCCCCGGGCGGGGGUCCGCCCCCAGGCCGCUCUCCCGCCGCCGCCGCUGAGCCCGGCCGCCCCCAGCACGCCGCCCGGCCGCUCCGAGGCCUCGUCCUCCUCCCAAACUUUGCAAAGUCGGCCCGCGUCCCCACCGCCCUCGGCCGCGCCUCGCCUCGGAGGCUCGCCUCGCAGCCGCAGCGGCCCCGCGAGGAGGAGGAGGAGCCGCCGCCGCAGCAUCAAAGAGACCGAAUUCCCGCGGCCUGGGGGGGAGUCAUGCUUUGCGGUCUGUAAUGUCAGCAGAACAGGAGAAGGAUCCCAUUUCGCUGAAGAGAGUUCGAGGUGGUGAUAGCGGACUGGAUGGGUUAGGAGGACCAGGUGUACAACUAGGAAGCCCAGAUAAGAAAAAACGCAAGACAAAUACCCAGGGGCCUUCUUUUCCUCCAUUGUCUGAGUAUGCUCCACCACCAAAUCCAAACUCUGACCAUCUAGUGGCUGCUAAUCCAUUUGAUGACAACUACAAUACUAUUUCCUAUAAACCACUACCUUCGUCAAAUCCAUAUCUUGGCCCUGGUUAUCCUGGCUUUGGAGGCUACAGCACAUUCAGAAUGCCACCUCACGUUCCUCCAAGAAUGUCUUCCCCAUACUGUGGUCCUUACUCACUCAGGAAUCAGCCACACCCAUUUCCUCAGAAUCCUUUGGGCAUGGGUUUUAAUCGACCUCAUGCUUUUAAUUUUGGGCCACAUGAUAAUUCGAGUUUUGGAAACCCAUCUUAUAACAAUGCACUAAGUCAGAAUGUUAACAUGCCUAAUCAACAUUUUAGACAAAAUCCUGCUGAAAACUUCAAUCAGAUUCCUCCACAGAAUGCUAGCCAAAUAUCUAACCCUGACUUGGCAUCUAACUUUGUCCCUGGAAAUAAUUCAAAUUUUAGUUCUCCAUUAGAAUCUAAUCAUUCUUUUAUUCCUCCCCCAAACACUUUUGGUCCAGCAAAAGCACCACCCCCAAAACAAGACUUUAGUCAAGGAGCAACCAAAAACACUAAUCAAAAUUCCUCUGCUCAUCCACCUCACUUAAAUAUGGAUGACACAGUGAAUCAGAGUAAUAUUGAAUUAAAAAAUGUUAAUCGAAACAAUGUCGUAAAUCAAGAGAAUAGCCGUUCGAGUAGCACUGAAGCUACAAACAACAGCCAUGCAAAUGGGACACAGAAUAAGCCACGACAACCUAGAGGUGCCGCAGAUACAUGCACCACUGAGAAAAGCAAUAAAUCCUCUCUCCACCCAAGCCGUCAUGGGCAUUCUUCUUCUGACCCAGUGUAUCCUUGUGGAAUUUGUACAAAUGAAGUGAAUGAUGAUCAGGAUGCCAUCUUAUGUGAAGCCUCUUGUCAGAAAUGGUUUCAUCGGAUCUGCACUGGAAUGACUGAAACAGCUUAUGGCCUCCUAACAGCAGAAGCAUCAGCAGUAUGGGGCUGUGAUACCUGUAUGGCUGACAAAGAUGUCCAGUUAAUGCGCACUAGAGAAACUUUUGGUCCCCCUGCAGUGGGCAGUGAUGCUUAAUCACAGGCAUUAACUACAGUGGUUUUUUUCCCCUGUGUAUUACAGAGAGGUUCAGUGACACAGGAUUUUAAUGUUUUACAUUAUUUUUUUAAAUGCACACACAAAAAAAUUAUUUACCUUUUAGUUUUUAUUAAUACACCACUUCAUUGCUAGUGCAAACUUUGUAUUGUUUUUGCUAUCUUAAAUAAGAAUAAUGUAUAU